CUGGGAUCGCCUCUGGUCCAAAUCCAAACUCCUCCCCCCUUUUAGCAUCGCCGGCAACAACGACGGCCAUGCUCUCCGCCGCCGCCUCUGCCAUUCCCAGGCUCCGCUGGGCUGCCGCGCCGCCGGGGCACGCCUCGCCGAGGGCCAGGUGGUCUCUGCUGCGGCGGCGCCCACUCUCCUCCUCCCCGAACGUAGCGCCCACCGCGGGGCCGGGGCCCCUGGAGCCGCCGGACCUUCCCCGCCUCGCCAAGUCUGCCCGCAUAUCUCUCUCGCCGCAAGAGGCCGAGGAGUUCGCGCCCAAGAUUCAGCAGGUGGUGGACUGGUUUGGGCAACUUCAAGCGGUUGAUCUUGAAUCCAUUGAGCCUUCACUUAGAGCUGAUACUGCAGCUGGUAGUUCUUUAAGAGAAGAUAAGGCGGAACCAUUUGCUAACAGAGAUGCCAUAAUAGAAGCCCUUCCAAGUUAUGAUGAUCCAUACAUCAAAGUGCCAAAUGCACUGACCAAAGAAUGACAUGUGGGUCUGUAAAUCAAAGUUGUGAUAUUGUUAACAUUCUAUUUCAUUAUACAAUGAGGCAUGGUGAAUCAACUGAGCUUGCAAAACAUCGAACGAGCAAUCAGCAAGCCUGAGUUAAGUUUGACAUCCUCGGCUAGAACAGUACGACUCAACAAUUUGAGCGAUGGAUCUGCAGUGCCUGCAAUAGAAGAUCCAUCCUUGCGUGCCAUCCUGUGUUCGGACCAAAUACAUGUCAUUUUCUUAAUGUGCUUUUAUUUAUGUUUCUGGAAUGUGGGGGCUUCUAGCGCCAUGCCUCCCAAACGGCGAUAGGGUUCAUGUGAUGCUAUCACCCGGUAAUUUGUCUUCAAUUCGUUAAUCCUGUAAGUUUUCUGGGUUAGGCUGAACCUCAGGACUCAUCGUGCUUUCUGUUUGAGUUUUCUGCAGGUUUUAGCUAUUUCAAUUUUGCAUUGGCCA